AUGUUGGCCCGUGUGCUCGUCGCUGCCGCGUCGUUACUCAGUGUAGCUUUUGCGCAGUCCAAUCCAAAAGUCGCAUUCACAUCCGUCCCUGCUGUGGUUGAAGCUGGAGAAACAUAUAACAUCACAUGGGGAGGAGGCAAUGACACCCCUGUCACACUGACCCUCCGCAAAGGCGACCCGGCUGAUCUCGAGACGAUUGCAAUUAUCGCUGAUCGCGUCUCCGGCAGCUCUUAUCAAUGGGAGGUCUCAGAAGAUCUGGAGAAUGCUAGCGACUAUGCGCUCCAAAUCACCCAAGGACAAGACGACAUCAACUACUCCGGCCUCUUCUCGCUCACUGGUGGAAGCGCCGCCAGUUCAGGCACCAUAUCGAUCACCUCAUCAACAACGCGCACCGGAAACUCAACCAUGACCAGCACAGCCAGCAUCACUAGUGCGACGAAUGGGACCAUGAUGAGCAAUGGAACUGAGAGCACAACGGCAACAGAAACCACGGAUUCGUCAGCUACCGGAUCCAUGACUUCAGCGACAGGAACAACGAGUGCUUCACGGACCUCUGCUGCUGCCACGUCGGCCGCGACGGUGGCACCGAGCUCGGGAGGAGCUGGUGUGGUCAGCGUUCAGAGUGCGAUUGCGUUGGGCAUGGCGCUCUUGGGUGCCGUCCUAUUCUUGGAGUGA